AUGUCGGACAACGUUACUGUUCUCAUCACUGGUGCUGGUCGAGGUGCCAUUGGUAGUCUGCAGGCGGAUCACGGAAUCAACAGUCUCGACAUUGUCAUUUCGAAUGCGGGUAUCUGCUCUACAUUUUCCGCGUUGGCCGAAGGGGAACAGGUCGUCACCGCACUGGAAGAGCAUGUUGAAGUCAACGCAUAUGGCAUGCUACGGCUGUUCCAGAACACGCUGCCGCUUCUGCGGAAGUCCAAGGUUGACGAGCCAAAAUUUGCAUACAUUUCGAGCCCGGUGGGAGCGUUGAACUUGGUCGAGAGAAUCGGCAAAGCACCUGCGGGAAUAUACGGCGCGUCGAAAGCGUUUGCGAAUUACAUUGUGAGGCGAUUGGCAAUCGAGAAUGACGGUGUCACUACUUGGUCUAUCAGUCCCGGGCUCGUUGAUACGGAUAUGUCGGCUACCGCAAUGCCAAUUAUGGCUCCCCCAGGACUGAAGGCAAUUCCGGUGCAGGAGAGCGCCGCUGGGAUCAUGAAAGUGGUCGCCGAAGCAACGCAUGAACGAACCAAUGGGCACUUCAUCAACUAUGAUGGCGCAGAAGUACCCUGGUAA